AUGGCCGGACCGCGCGCAGGAAACAAGGCUGCCACCAACGGCUCCGGAGGUGGAUCAAGCAAGCAGUCGCUUACCGAGGCGUUCGACAAGGACCUGUACGAUGGCAGCAAUGGCGUCGACAAGUUUGCCGGCUACAACAUGUCCAUCGCCGCCAACGAGGAUGAGGAUAUGGAGGAUGCCGGCGAAAUCAACGGAAGGCGGCUUGUCGGACAGUACACGGCGAGCGCAGAUAUGCUGAAUGAAUAUGCGCACGGCGAGGACGACAUGCUGGAGUCUCGGGAGAAGCAGGCCCAGAUUUCCUCACGCGAGACCGACUACCAACGGCGCCGAUUCGAUCGCAAACUAUCGCCCGAUGGCGCAGAGGGCGGUAUGUCGUACAAGGAAAGGAUGCAGGAGCGCGAUAUUGAGCGGGAGGAGGCGCGUGUCCAAAGACUUCUCGAGGACCGCGAGAAGAAUGGGGACGAAGUUCUUGACCACAAGCCGACGCUCAAGGAUGGCGCGCCCGAAGUCGACGGCAACAAGACUCCGCCCAUGGAGAAGAAGCGCAAGCGGCGCCGGUGGGAUGAUGGUGGUGAUGAGGAGCCCAAGAUCGAAGAGGUGGCGGUAGAACCCUCAUUGAAGAAGAGGUCGAGAUGGUCUCCAGACCCACAAGAAGUGAAACCCGAAGAGCUCGAGGCCGCCGCACCCGUACGCUCACGAUGGGAUACCACCGCUGCCGCUGCCAGCGCCGGCGCCACGCCUGCUCCUGCCACUAAUGGCGCUAAAGCCCCAGCACCUACGAGCUUCACGUUCGGCACCGACAUCUCCGCACGUAAUGCCCCUCUUUCCGACGAGCAGCUCGAUAUGAUGCUCCCAUCUGAAGGCUACAAGAUCCUCGAGCCGCCUCCGGGCUACGAGCCAGUCAGGAGACCGGUCGGUGCGCCAACACUUCCAACCGGAUACUCAGGGUAUCUGGUUCCUGAAGCGGACAACAGCAUGGCCAUGAUGGGCAAGCAGCUGCCGACGGAGAUUCCUGGUGUCGGCGACCUGCAGUUCUUCAAGAACGAGGACAUGAAGUACUUUGGAAAGCUGACAGAUGGCGCGGACGAGAACGAGAUGACUGUCGAGGAGCUCAAGGAGCGCAAGAUCAUGCGCCUGCUUCUCAAAGUCAAGAACGGAACGCCUCCCAUGCGAAAGACCGCUUUACGACAGCUUACCGAUAACGCUCGCCAAUUUGGGCCAGCAGCUCUCUUCAAUCAGAUCUUACCGUUGCUGAUGGAGCGAACAUUGGAGGACCAAGAGCGACAUUUGCUUGUUAAAGUCAUCGAUCGUGUUCUGUACAAGCUGGACGACUUGGUCAGGCCCUACGUCCAUAAGAUCCUGGUUGUUAUCGAGCCGCUUCUGAUCGAUCAGGACUACUAUGCCCGUGUAGAAGGUCGAGAAAUCAUUUCGAACCUCGCAAAAGCUGCUGGUCUGGCACACAUGAUCAGUACAAUGCGCCCGGAUCUGGAUCACCAGGACGAAUAUGUCCGCAACACGACAGCCCGAGCAUUUGCCGUGGUUGCAUCCGCACUAGGCAUACCAGCACUUCUGCCUUUCCUUCGGGCCGUGUGUAGGAGCAAAAAGUCGUGGCAUGCCCGCCACACUGGUGUCAAGAUCGUGCAGCAGAUCCCCAUCCUGAUGGGUUGCGCUAUCUUACCUCACCUGAAGGGUUUGGUCGAGUGCAUCGGCGACAAUCUAAACGACGAACAGCCAAAGGUCCGUAUGGUGACCGCACUCGCAUUGGCCGCACUGGCCGAAGCUGCCUCGCCCUACGGUAUCGAAUCUUUCGACGACAUUCUGAACCCGCUAUGGACCGGAGCCCGGAGACAGCGAGGCAAGGCUCUAGCAUCCUUUCUGAAAGCCGUUGGCUACGUUAUCCCGCUUAUGGACGAAGAGUACUCCAACUACUACACCAGCCAAAUCAUGGAAAUCGUCAUCCGCGAGUUCCAGUCACCCGACGAGGAAAUGAAGAAGGUUGUUCUGAAAGUGGUAUCUCAAUGUGCUAGCACUGCUGGCGUGACCCCAGUCUACUUGAAGGACAACGUGCUGCCAGAGUUUUUCAAGCACUUUUGGGUGCGUAGAAUGGCACUCGACAAGCGCAACUACCGACAAGUUGUUGACACCACAGUCGAUCUAGCUCAAAAGGCUGGCGUCGCAGAGAUUGUGGGCCGUAUUGUGAACAACAUGAAGGAUGAAAACGAAGCAUACCGCAAGAUGACCGUCGAGACUAUUGACAAAGUCAUCUCGACACUUGGAGCACACGACGUAGAUCAGCGCCUUGAGGAACAGCUCAUCGACGGUAUACUGGUUGCCUUCCAGGACCAGACUGUCGAAGAUCCGAUCGUUAUCGACGGUUUUGCUACGGUUGUGAACGCCCUUGGUGAGCGCACGAAGACGUAUCUGCCACAAAUUGUUGCUGUGGUCAUCCACCGCCUGAACAACAAGGCCGCACCGGUUCGACAACAAGCUGCUGACCUAAUUUCUCGCAUCACCUUUGUCAUGCAGAAGUGUGAUGAAGACCCACAGCUAGUCAAGCUGGCAAGUAUACUGUACGAGUACCUGGGCGAGGAAUACCCGGAAGUCCUUGGAUCGAUUCUUGGAGCGCUACGAGCCAUCGUCACUGUCGUCGGCCUAGCAGCAAUGCAGCCUCCAAUCAAGGACCUUUUGCCGCGACUCACACCCAUUCUCCGCAAUCGACACGAGAAGGUCCAGGAGAACACGAUUGAUCUGGUUGGCAGAAUUGCCGAUCGUGGAGCUGACUACGUCAAUCCAAGAGAAUGGAUGCGCAUCUGCUUCGAACUGUUGGAUAUGCUCAAAGCACACAAGAAGGGCAUUCGGCGCGCCGCGAACAACACCUUUGGCUAUAUUGCCAAGGCGAUCGGACCGCAGGAUGUGCUUGCAACGCUUUUGGGCAACCUACGGGUGCAAGAGCGACAGUCUCGAGUGUGUACUGCCGUCGCAAUUGGCAUUGUCGCAGAAACUUGUGCUCCUUUCACGGUUCUGCCAGCCUUAAUGAACGAAUACCGGGUGCCCGAGCUCAAUGUCCAGAACGGUGUGUUGAAGUCGCUCAGCUUCAUGUUUGAGUACAUUGGGGAGAUGGCCAAAGAUUAUGUCUACGCUAUCACGCCGCUGCUGGAAGACGCCCUCAUCGACCGCGAUCAAGUGCACCGACAGACGGCUGCGUCGGUGGUCAAGCACGUGGCGCUCGGCUGCGUCGGCCUCGACUGCGAAGACGCAAUGGUCCACCUGCUCAACCUCCUCUGGCCCAACCUGUUCGAAACCAGCCCCCACGUCAUCGACCGCAUUGUCGAGGCCAUUGAGGGAAUCCGCAACGCCAUCGGCACGCCUCUCGUCAUGAACUACGUGUGGGCGGGUCUUUUCCACCCUGCGCGGAAGGUGCGACAACCGUACUGGCGCAUCUACAACGACGCGUACGUGCAGUCUGCGGAUGCGAUGGUGCCUGCGUAUCCUCAAUUUGAGGAGGAGAAUCUGAAGAGGCACGAGCUGGAUAUCUUCAUAUGA